UUUUCCCUGCGAUUGAUUGACGAUGACAGAUUUCCAGGAGGAGAACGAUCCGUCAAUGUCGAUCUCACUGACAAAGAAUUCUAACCAAAAUUAUCCUCCUUUCUAUCGUUUAAUGAAUGGCCCUGCUUCAUCUCCAGCUUCCUGGUUCGAGAUUCGGCUAUUUUAUGUUCGAAUUACUCCUUGUGUGAUCGGCAGCGCCCCCAGUCAUCUCACCCUUCGCCACCUCCGACGUGAAAUUGGGGUUUCUCUGGACAUCAAUGGCUCUCGCAUCCCUGCCUCCGAGACGGCGUCUCUCACUCUUCGUCGAGACCGUCUCGAUAAGGAGUCUUCCGAGGUAACGUAUGUCAGCACCGAUAGCGUUCGAGUGGCGGGCCCAAUUGAAUUCGAGGUGUAUGAGAGGGAAGAUUUGAUGUUGUGUGUUUCCCUGGAACGGAUGGAAUCCUCUUGGAGCAAUGGCAGUGUUGGGUUCGAUCAGCAUCAGCAGCGCACGGAGAACGAUUCCAAGACGGGUUGGAGUAUGGAUUGUUGCAUAGCAGCCUCGAUUGCUAGGGGUUCGUCUGCGUUUUUGAAACCAAAACUUGGUGUUUCAUCGCCUUCUAUUGAGGUUUAUGUUGCUGGGUGGUCUUCCGGCUUCCCUCUAGUCCUUACGAAGAUAAUUCAGCUCAGCCCCAGAAGGAAGCCUCCACGGCAUGCCACACUUGAUGCUAUUCCCGAGGACGAAGAAAUCGGAAAGGGCCAGAAGAGCAUAAAGGAUAUCACUUGCCACAUGAAGUUCCAGAUUGCAGAUGCAGAAUCUGAUGCUUAUGAGUCUGAAGGGAAAUUUGGGACCAGAUUCUACUCAGAAGAUAUGUAUGCUAAUGAUGAUGGUCAGCUCUCAUGGUUCAAUGCUGGUGUUCGGGUUGGUGUGGGAAUCAGUCUAGGGAUGUGCCUUGGGGUUGGAAUCGGUGUUGGACUGCUCAUGCGCUCGUACCAGGCUACAACCAGAACUUUUAAGAGGAGUGUGACAUCAAUAAUGUCUCCCCGUAACGGUAACUUAAAACCACCACCCUCAUCUCUUCCCUUAGUGGUAUCCCUCAACUGCCUCGAAGAUUGCAACCUCGAACAAGAAUCCCUAGCGGGCAUCGCCACCGUUGAGCAUGUGGGCCUCAACCGACUUGCAGACGGCCGGAUCGAGUCCGCCGCCGCAGUUCUUCUCCACUCUCUGGCUUUCCUGCCACGCGCCGCCCAGCGCCGCCUACAGACAUGGCAACUCAUCAUCUGCCUAGGCUCUUCCGACCGCUCCGUUGAUUCUGCCCUCGCCGCCGAUCUCGGCCUCCGCCUCGUCCACGUUGAUGCCUCCCGUGCCGAAGAGAUCGCCGACACCGUCAUGGCUCUCUUCCUCGGCCUGCUUCGCCGGACUCACUUGCUUUCACGCCACGCAUUCUCAGCCUCUGGCUGGCUCGGUUCCGUCCAGCCGCUUUGUCGCGGAAUGCGAAGGUGUCGAGGUCUUGUAUUGGGGAUUGUUGGUAGAUCUGCUUCUGCUAGGUCUUUGGCUACUAGGAGCUUGGCGUUUAAGAUGAGUGUGCUUUAUUUCGAUGUUCACGAGGGUAAAGGAAAAUCAGGCAGGCCUUCUAUAACAUUUCCUCCAGCUGCUCGAAGAAUGGAUACACUUAAUGAUUUACUUGCAGCGAGUGAUCUUAUUUCACUUCAUUGUGCUCUGUCAAAUGAGACUAUUCAGAUUAUUAAUGCUGAAUGUUUGCAGCACAUAAAACCUGGAGCAUUCCUAGUGAACACGGGAAGCAGUCAGCUGUUAGAUGAUUGUGCUUUGAAACAGCUUUUGAUUGAUGGAACUAUCGCUGGCUGUGCACUAGAUGGUGCUGAAGGGCCACAGUGGAUGGAAGCAUGGGUAAAGGAGAUGCCCAAUGUAUUGAUCCUUCCCCACAGUGCAGAUUAUAGUGAAGAAGUAUGGAUGGAGAUAAGGGAGAAAGCUAUUUCUAUGUUGCAAACAUUUUUCAUUGAUGGGGUUAUUUCAAGUAACGCUAUCUCUGAUGAGGAUGAUGCAGUAAGUGAAACAGGCUAUGAAGAGGAACAAUCUGAGAAACUAGACACAGAGAGUGCCUCACGGGAUAUUAUCGGUGAGCAGUUGACUGAUGACAUUCAAUUAAGUCCAGAAAAUUAUCAGAAGAGUAUUUUUCAAUCAACAGAGUCACACAGCCUGCCUCAAGCUUCAGGUGCAUCACAAACUCGAGCUGAGGGAAGGCAUAGCAGGUCAGGGAAGAAGAGUAAAAAGAGACAUACCCGCCGUAAAUCUCAGCAGAAGUCUGAUGACUUGGAAAGAGAUAGCAACUGUACCUCACAGCGAGACAAUGAUACUGCUUUGAGUAGCACAGAUCAAGUAUUAAGUUCCAGUUCUCGUUUUGCUUCCCCAGAAGAUUCUAGAAGUAGGAAAAAUCCCAUUGAAUUGAUAACAGAGUCAACUUCUGAGCGGCACACAAAAUCAAACUUGGGGAUUAGUAGGGCAUCAGGUGAACUGCUAAAAGAUGGGUAUGUUAUUGCUAUACAUGCAAGAGAUCGUCCUGCUUUACAUGUGUCCAGGCAAAGAGUACCUGGUGGUGGCUGGCUCUUGGACACAAUGUGUAAUGUGACUAAAAGGGAUCCUGCAGCACAAUUUUUAGUUGUUUUCAGGAGCAAGGACACAAUUGGAUUGCGAUCUUUUGCUGCUGGGGGAAAAUUAUUGCAGAUAAACAGAAGAAUGGAGUUUGUAUUUGCUAGCCACAGUUUUGAUGUUUGGGAGAGUUGGACGUUGGAAGGUGCUCUGGAGGAAUGUAGGCUUGUCAACUGUAGAAAUCCCUUGGCUAUAUUGGAGGUUCGUAUCGAGAUUCUUGCAACUCUAGGAGAUGAUGGGGUUGCUCGCUGGCUUGAUUAGGGUGGCUUGGUGGGAGAAGGAAGUCCUUCCCAUUUCCUUUCUUGGAUUUUCUUGUUUGUAAUUCUCUUCAUUAACUUGUAAAGCAUUUGAUGUUGAUCAUCUUAAAAUCGAACCUACAGUGUUGGUAUUAUGUA